AACCAGGUGCCCAGAGGCCUCAGCAUUGUCUUCCCUUCUCAGUGGCAUGUCUGGUGUCCACCUAAGGAGUCUCCUCUCCAGCCUUGAAACAUUCGGAAAUUAAACAGAGGACACACUUCAUAUCUUCUUCUUGAAAAUUUCCACCAUAUAUGUUCAGAACUUUCUGAAUAAGCAUAGGAUUUUAAGGUGCUGACAAGCAGGGGACAAGCCCAAAAGACAGGCCGUAGGGAAGGAGAGGCCAUGGAAUAUCCACCAACCAGAUAAUCAUCGCUGGAAUAACCGGGAAGUGUCUGAAUGUAGGCUACAGAAGUCCUGAAGGUUGAUGGAGGGCCAUGCUAUUCAAACAGCAGGUGUGGCUGAGACAGAAGCUCCUGGUGCUGGGAAGCCUUGCUGUUGGGAGUCUCCUGUAUCUAGUCGCCAGAGUUGGGAGUUUGGAUAGGCUACAACCCAUCUGCCCCAUUGAAGGCCGAUUCGGAGCCCGCGGGCAGGCUGAGUUCCCUCUCCGUGCCCUGCAGUUUAAGCGCGGCCUGCUGCACGAGUUCCGGAAGGGCAACGUUUCCAAGGAGCAGGUUCGCCUUUAUGACCUGGUCCAGCAACUCCCCAAGGCCAUUAUCAUUGGGGUGAGAAAAGGAGGCACCAGGGCCCUGCUUGAGAUGCUGAACCUCCAUCCAGCUGUGGUCAAAGCCUCUCAAGAAAUCCACUUUUUUGACAAUGAUGAGAAUUAUGCCAAGGGCAUUGAGUGGUAUAGAAAAAAGAUGCCUUUUUCCUACCCUCAGCAAAUCACAAUUGAAAAGAGCCCGGCAUAUUUUAUCACAGAGGAGGUUCCGGAAAGGAUUUACAAAAUGAACUCAUCCAUCAAGUUGCUGAUCAUUGUCAGGGAGCCAACCACAAGAGCUAUUUCUGACUACACUCAGGUGCUAGAGGGGAAGGAGAGGAAGAAUAAAACUUAUUACAAGUUUGAGAAGCUGGCAAUAGACCCUAAUACCUGCGAAGUGAACACCAAAUACAAAGCAGUAAGAACCAGCAUCUACACCAAACAUUUGGAAAGGUGGUUGAAAUACUUUCCGAUUGAGCAAUUUCACAUUGUGGAUGGAGAUCGCCUCAUCACAGAACCUCUGCCAGAACUUCAGCUCGUGGAGAAGUUCCUAAAUCUUCCCCCAAGAAUAAGUCAGUACAAUUUGUAUUUCAAUGUUACCAGAGGGUUCUACUGCUUGCGAUUUAACGUUAUCUUUAAUAAGUGCCUGGCUGGCAGCAAGGGGCGCAUUCAUCCAGAGGUGGACCCCUCUGUCAUUACCAAAUUGCGCAAAUUCUUUCACCCUUUCAAUCAAAAAUUUUACCAGAUCACUGGGAGGACACUGAACUGGCCCUAGAAUAAUAAGUCAUACAACACCAUGUGUUGUACCUGGAGACAUGCAAUGUCUCCUCUAGAUUAAAAUAUGCACUUUUCCAAGACACAACUGUCGAAGUCAUGUUUUCAUCUCUACUUGUAUAUACACAGUGUGUGACCAAAUAUAAGACCAGUUCUUUUUCUACUGAAAAUGUUCAAAACAAUUUGCUGUCUGCAUAGUUGCAUCUUUGAGACGGGAUACUGACGGAAGAGGUGUGGUAUCGGGGGAAAGUGACUUCAGCUAUUCUCAAAGAGUUAGUCUUCCUUUGAGUCAGAAUUUGUCACCCGCCAUUUACAUAAAUUGAAGCCAAAAGAUGAAUGUGUGAAAAGUACCAAUGGCUGUGAAGCUGCAGGAAGGAGAGGAUUCAGUCAUGCAUUCUUUUCUAAGGGAAAGCUGGCUCUUUAAUUCAGAUGCUGAAUUGGUGCCAUGAAAACAGAAAAAUGCUAUUUUCUUAUGAUUUAAAAGGAUGUCCUAUCUCAUAAAAUUGACAUUGUUCCAAAGUUCCUGUGGUGAUUUUGCACUAUUGUUUUCUCGUGUGGACCAUGAUGUCACUUGUAGCAUGUCAAUCAUACAUUGGAAAGUCCUUUCACUUCCAUGUUCUAUGUCAACAAAGAGAAAUGUCAUGUACAUAAUGUAUAUUAUUGUAAAUACUUGUUUCACACUAAGUAACUCUAUUUUGUAAACUGAAUAUGGCUAUUUAAUUUAUUGUGAAAAUUAAAUUUAUUGUGGUAUUUAAAAAUGGAAUGGAUUAAAAUUACUCUAUGUGCAA